AUGGAAUUUACUCCGAAGGCGAUUGUGUUGGAGUUACUACAAAAGUACGCCGUUGGUCGCCGUCCGCCAGAUGAUGAGUUCUUCCGGGAGGGUAAUUUGUACUUCAAACCCUUCGUGAAGCUCGGAGUGUUGAGCGAAAUACCGUCCACGGAAACAGAUGACAAAAAUGUCGACAUCAACUGCAACGUGCCAGAUUGCACCUUUUUCUGCCAAUCGGUUACCGACUACGAGUCCCACUACAACGCACUGCACCGGUACACGUGUGGCCAGUGUAAAAAGAUUCUCCCGAAUGCCCAUCUGCUAGAUUUGCAUCUUUCCGAGGUGCACGAUUCAUACUUUGCUGCACAGGUUGAAGCCGCAAAGCAUCCGAUGUAUGCCUGCUUCCGAGAGGAAUGUCAAUACCGUAGCAAGGACUGCGCUGAGCGACGGGACCAUUGCAUACGGGAGCACAAGUUUCCACACAAUUUCCGUUUCGACAAACCAUCGGAGCAUCAGUCGCAGCGUUCGAAGGAGGCGAAGUCGCCUGUGGACAGCGGUGAAAUGGAAGAACCGACACCGAUAGACAGACUCCCUCAGGAAGAUAUGGCCCCGCCUCGUUGUAGGAAAAACUAUGUCUUUGGCCACUCGCGCCAACGUACAUUUAAGCCCACCAAAUCGGCCGGCCCGAAGUGUGAUAUACUCGAGAGCAACCAGAUGGUGGUUGACUUGCUGGAAAGUCUGCCGAAAGAAUGA